CUUUAAAGAGAAAAAUGCAAAGAGACGGGGCGGAGCCGCAAGCCCGCUGUCACUCUCUCAGUAUUCUAUAGUAGAUUCACAGUAUAUCUUCAGGCCAUCAGCAAGCAAAUUAACUGUAAGGUAGAAGGUCCCGACGAAUACGAGAGAACGAAAAUCAGUCCUCGGCCUUUGCAGAAGUAAAUGCGGCAUAAUGGAAUACUUUUCCCUGGGUGUCUGAACCUUCUGUGUUGUCAAACUGGGGACUUUGUUCUUCUUUGAUCAUAUUUGAUUGUUAUUGAAAUGGAUAGUACAACCUACACUGGCUUUGAACCUUGGUUUUACAUUCGCGGAUGAAAUCUAGCAUCUAUUUGCCACUUGAAUAACGCCAACGAGGUGUCGCGUUGCCUAUUCACAAGGCUUCUCUCUAGGUAUCUCAUCGGCUAACCUCUUCUUGGGAACACUUGCUCUUGGGUCGGAACUAUGAUGUGGACUUUGUUUGCUGUUUUUACCUGUACUGGACUAUCUGGUAUUCUUGCAGAUGUGGGUCGUGUAGGGGGGGUAGCCCCUCGCUGUGAGAGCCAGGCGUGUAACCCCCGAAUGGGCAAUCUGGUGCUAGGCCGCAGGGUCCUGACCCAGACCGUGUGUGGCUACAAGGGCACAGAGCCCUACUGCUCCUACUCUGACCCCUCCUCCUCCACAGUGCCCUGCCCCCCGGCCAGGUGUGGGGAGUGCAACGCGGCCCUGCCCCUGCAGGCCCACCUGGCUGCAGCCAUGGCCGACUCCUCCUUCCGCCACCCCAACACCUGGUGGCAGUCGUCCGGGGAAGUGGAGUCUGAGACUCUGCAGCUGGAUCUGGAAGCAGAAUUCAUCUUCACCCACCUGAUCAUGGUGUUCCGCUCGCCCCGCCCUACCGCCAUGACCCUGGAGCGCUCGCAGGACUUUGGGCAGACCUGGAAGACAUUGCAGUACUACGCAAGGAACUGUAGCGCCACCUUUGGACUGGAGGAGGGAAAGGCAGUGCUGGACAGGGCCCCCUGCACCUCCAAAUACUCUGGAGCUUACCCCUGUACCAGGGGAGAGGUGAUCUAUCGUGCCCUCCCCCAAUGGGAAGCUCUUGACCCAUAUGGGGUAGCAGGCCAGGAGCAGCUGAGGGUGACCAACGUGCGCGUACGUCUGCAGGAGUGCCAAUCCUGUCCCUGCCAGGCCAAAGAUCCCACCAUUGGAGCCCCGCCCACCCAGCACUUCGCCAUUUAUGACCUCAUCGUGAAGGGCAGCUGCUUCUGCAACGGGCACGCCGAUCAGUGUGUCCCCGCGCCCGGUUACCGCCCUGUCAGGGACAGAACCAACCAUGUGGUUCAUGGGAAGUGUGUGUGUAGUCACAACACUGCAGGUGUUCACUGUGAGCGCUGCGCUCCGCUCUACAACGACCGACCCUGGCAACCUGCGGACGGACUCACAGGGGCUCCACACGAGUGCAGGAAGUGUAAGUGUAACGGGCAUGCCCAGAGCUGCAGUUUUGAUUGGUCGGUGUGGCGGGAGUCCGGCCAGCGCAGCGGAGGUGUGUGUGAGUGUCUACACAGCACAGAGGGACGCAACUGUCAGAGCUGUAAGAUUGGCUUCUACAGAGACCCCCAGAGGGCGCACACGGCCCAGGACUCCUGUAAACCAUGUGGCUGCCACCCCCUUGGUUCAAUACCCUUCCACCUGGGUGGGGGGUCUCUCUGUGACCCUACCAACGGAGACUGUGUCUGCAAGGCCGGUGUGGGGGGCUCCCACUGCGACAGGUGCAUGGUGGGAUACUGGGGUUUCCAUGACUACGGCUGCCGUCCGUGCGACUGUGCGGGAGACUGCGACCCCUUCACGGGAUACUGCAUGUCCGGGUCAGAUCGGGACCUGUAUAAUCUGGAGGGAAACUCCAGUGAGCUGGUGAGGAUCUUUAGGGGAGACGAGCUCUUUUCUGCCCUACACUACUCAGAGAAAUGUGAGUGUAAGGAGCAGGUCCUGGCUAACAGCAAACUCUUCUGCACCAUGAAGUUUGCCUAUGUGUUAAAGGUUAAGGUCUUGUCAGCCCAUGAUAAGGGCUCCCAUGCUGAGUUGGAGGUGAAGGUUCAGAAGGUGUUGAGUCAGAAUACUAAGGUGAAAAUCCAGAAAGGACGAGUAACACUCUACCCAGAGUCCUGGACCGCACGGGGCUGCACCUGCCCCAUCCUCAACCCAGGUGGGGAGUACUUGGUGGCGGGCCAUGCAGACAGGAAGCAGAACCGGCUUAUUGUCAACAUGAAGAGCUUCGUCAAGCCCUGGAGAGCCAGCCUUGGACGCAAGGUCCUCACACUAAUGAAGAAAGACUGCACCUGGUAAACAGACGGAGGACACUGGGAGAUGGACAGACUGACUGAUAGAUGGAGAGAGAGACAGAGAGAGGAGAAAGAAGACACUGCCAUUAAUUUGUUUUUGCCUUCUCUGGAGGGGGAGUUCUCUUAUGGAGGUGGGGACUAAACAGACUAUAAAUGCCCGCCCCUAUCUGCCCUGGGCCAAUAAGAGUGUGUGGCUGGCAGAGAGAACAUAUACAGACUCUAUGAGCCUCUGUUUGAGUGACAGUUCGGCCCUCUCUUCCAUGCAUACAUAGACACCCAGCCACUCCCUCUCUGUAGCACUUUAGCCCAGGGCAGAAGGGCCAAUAGGAUCAUGGGUUGACCUCAAGACUGGACAACCGAAGGACACAUUUGACCCCUUGUGACCCCUGUAGGAAGGCUUGUGGUGGAUGGUGACCUUUGCCACUUUCCCCAAUGUGUUCUGUUACAACAAACUGUCUGUCAAGCUGUGUAACAGACACAGAUGUGUACACACAGAAGGAUGUUGAAUAAGCCAUACAUGCCACUACAGGUGGUCCAGGUGUGUUUGCGAAUGUGUAUGUAUGUUGUGAACUCUGUGUGUGUCUGUGUGUGGCUGCAUGUCUGAUGAGCACAAAUCCAUCCAGCUUCAGUCCAACUGAUCUGUUUUUGACUCUGGAAUUUGGGCAGGAUAACCUCUAGAGAUAAAAAAAAUUGUCCUAUCACAACAUACACCACUGAAUAUAUAUGACAAUACACAUAUUACCUCCCAAUAUGUAAUACUGCUGUGACCUACAGAGCCCUGAAUUCAUCUCUAUUCCUUCCUGUGUCUGCUCCUGUACAGUAUUACUUGUAUAUAUCUAUAGAAAUAUGAUGAUGUCCUCUCUCUUUCUUUGAUGGUGUGUUAAAGUAAUAAUGUCAUUCCGGGCAAAUGUUGAGGCACUACAUUUUCUUUAGAUUUCCUCACUGUGGAAAAACCCCUGUCCUUCGGGUUAGUGAGGACACAAGACCGAUAAGUAGAAGCACACACUCACACACACAAACAAACACUGCUGUUUAUAGACUCUAAAACAACAGAGUUACAUUUCUCCAUCAGGAGCCUUGGAAUACCUCAGAUUCAUUUGAUGAAAAUAUCCUCAUCAUCUUUCAUUUCCCUCCUGCUCCUCCUCCUGUCUUUCUCUCCCUCACCAGAUUAGGUACUAAUACACCCCUCCCCCUCUCCCAAAACACUGACACGUUCACACAGACUCAGGGAAUGUUGACCAUAACAGAGAGAUGGGAGAGCAGACAGAAUGUUUGGCUUUAGGGAGAGGGUGUUUGCUGCGGCAUUCCGGACCAUUCCUGGCGUUCUCGUCAGAGCGACGUGGAUGAGCUCACGGUGCCGAGAUAUUCCACACAUGCCAGGUGUGGGUAGUCCAGCUCUUCUCCUGGCCAGGUCAGAGUUCACAACCUGCUAUGGUGACCCUGCACACUUGGGGCGAUCACAGGAGUGGGAGGCAGAGGUCUGGGUCAAGAGUCAAGGCCAUGGGGAACUGAACUGUCCUUGGAACAGAGACACAAGAGUGAGCCCCCCCGGACUGGGAACACACUGGUUGAAUCAACAUUUCCACGUUGAUUCAACCAGUGUUGCACCAACGUUGAAUUGACGUCUGUGGGACCGGACUACUGCAGCUGGAUCACAAAACACAUUCAUAUCAGCUACUGUCCUCCACCUCGCUCUCUCUCCUCUGGUGGUGGGACUGAGGGGUGUAUGAUGUGGAAAGGUUGACUAGUAUGCGUGUGUGUUUGAUCUCUCUGUGUGUACAUUAGGGUUAAGUGUCUUGCUUAAGGGCACAUCGACAUCUUUUUUUCCCACCUAGUAAGCUCGGUGAUUCGAACCAGCAAGCUUUAGAUUACAGGCCUAACACUCUUAAAUGCCAGGCUACCUGGCGCCUUGUGUGGGACAACUUCCACCCAGACUGCUGUGUUGUAUAAGGGGAUAGAGAUACAGGAAGAGGGAGAGAUAGGUGGGGGAAAUAUAGGGAGGGCAAAGAGGAGAUUGUGGGGGCAAGAGAAGGGAGAAGAGAGGAGAACAGGGGAGACACACACCAACCUGAUCCCAGACCUGUUUCAUGUGUAAGGAGGAGCGUGAUGGAGGGAGUGGAAGGAGAGAGCGAGUGGGGAAAGGGAGAAUGAUAUACACUGCUCAAAUAAAUAAAGGGAACAC